GCUGCUCUUCCCGCAGCUGAGCGGUGCGGACAGCAGCACUACGCGCUCAUCGUGAUCGGAGAGAUUUCAGCAGAGCAUCAGCUGUGGAAGGUGAAAGAGCGUAUAAAGCAGGGGCUCCGCUCUUGGCCCAUAGAUCUGACGACCUGUGACCUGAACCAGGAGCUGCAGCUCUUUGAGACAAAGCACUCGGCCCACUUCUCUUCAGAGGUCAAAGGACAAAGACUUCUGCAGUACAAGAGUGAUGUCCUUGAGACAGUUGUGUUGGUGAAUCCAUCUGAGGACAAUAUUGCGAUAGAGAUCAGAACACUGCUCUGUGAUUCAGCCCAACACAAGUUAUUGGUCCUAGGCGGUCAGAGCACUGAACAAGGUGGUGACAUCAUCCUACAAAGUGGUGUCUUUGGCUGGAAGAAUUUCUCUGACAUCAUCACAAGUCAAAGAAUUAAAGACUUCCUGAGCCAGUCACAUCCAGGCGAGCGAGGGUGUCUGACUGUGUGCUGUGCAGCAGAGGGGGCCUGGAGCUCCCUGGAGCUCAACCAGGAGCAGUACCUGCUGGACAUUCGACUGAACCCUGAGCCUGUGCUGCCUGAGAUGGAGGGCGUGACAGAAUUUACAGAAUAUGUCUCUGAGACGGUGGAUGUCCCUUCCCCCUUCGAGCUGCUGGAGCCUCCCACCUCAGGGGGGUUCCUGAAGUUGUCCAAGCCAUGCUGCUACAUCUUCCCUGGAGGCAGAGGUGAUUCGGCCCUGUUCGCGGUCAACGGCUUCAAUAUUCUGAUUGAUGGUGGCUCAGACCGAAAGUCUUGCUUCUGGAAGCUGGUGCGACACUUGGAUCGGAUUGAUUCCAUUCUACUUACCCACAUUGGAGCAGACAAUCUCGCUGGGAUAAAUGGACUGUUGCAGAGGAAAAUUGCAGAGCAAGAGGAGGAACAAUCCCAAGGCUCCAAUGCUUAUGGGGACUGGAUGAAAAACCUGAUCUCACCCGAGCUUGGUGUGGUGUUCUUCAACGUUCCAGACAAGCUAAAGAUGUCAGAACCAACACUGAAAGUGAAGAGGAGUAUCGAGGAGGCCUCAUUGACCUUGCAGUACCUCACCAAGUUGGGAAUCAGGCCUGAGCCUCUGUAUCGUGUUGUUAGCAACACAAUUGAGCCUGUCACACUUUUUCACAAGCUGGGUGUCGGCAAGUUAGACAUGUACAUCCUGAACCCUGUCAAGGACAGUAAGGAAAUGCAGUUCUUCAUGCAGAAGUGGGCAGGUAACAGUAAGGCUAAGACUGGCAUCAUCUUGGCGAAUGGAAAAGAGGGAGAAAUUUCUGUUCCAUACCUCACAUCAGUAACGGCCCUUGUUGUCUGGGUUCCCGCUGGCCCUACUGAAAAGAUAGUGAGGGUGCUGUUUCCCGGAAAUGCCCCACAGAACAAAAUUUUCGAGGGCCUGGAAAAGCUACGACAUCUUGACUUUUUGCGUUAUCCUGUUGCGACUCAAAAAGACAUAUCAUCCGGGGCUCCCCCUCCAGUCAUUAAACAAACUAAACUGAAGCCGAGGACCGAUAGCAAGGAAAGUCUUAAAUCUUCGCCCAAAAUGCAUGCCACUACUAAAGCAAGCAAAAAAGAGGCAAACGAAGACACUGAGUCAAAGAGCGACUCUGUAAAGGAGAACAAAGUCGAAAAGAAGCCGAAGAAAUUGAAGGAGAGUGUUCCUAAACCUAAAUCUGUGAAAGCCCAAACAGAUACAAAAGAUACAGUGAAGCAAGAGAAAAAGAAAUUGCUGAGAGAGAAAUCUCCUAAAAAGCAUGACAAAGAUAAGACAUCUAAAAUGGAGGAAAAGAAAGAUAAAGAAAAGACAGAGAUUAAGAAAGAAAAGAGGGAAGUGAAAUCUCUUAGGAAAGAUGACAAUAAAGAAUCCAAAAUGAAAGAAGAAAAGAAGACUGAUGCAAGUAAGCCAGAGUUAAGGAAAAUCACUAAGCCUGAUUUGAAGCCUUUCACACCUGAGGUCAGAAAGACCCUGAAUAAAGCAAAGGUUCAGGCAAAGCCGAAGACGGAAAAAACAAAAGCAGUCAAAGAGCAAGAGAACAGGCCUGCCGCUCAACAGGUUUCAAAGGAGAAACAGGAAAACGACAGAUCCCUGGUCUCAUCCCCAGAAGACCUUACCAAGGACUUUGAAGCACUGAGACAAGAAGAGCUUUCUGAGAGCAAAGUGCUUCCAAAUCUUCAACCUACAGCUUUUCCUGAUGCAAAGGUCCCUCAUAUUGAGUCCCCUGACGAAGGAAUAACCACUACUGAUGCUGAGACUGAAUCGCCUCAUGAGGAAAAAAAACUAUAUGAAGGAAAGCCAAGUAAAUCCCCAACAAAGAGUUUAGAGAAAUUUGAGGAUGAAGGUGCUGGUACAGAAGAAGACAAUGAGGAGGAAUACAACAUAGAGACCAAAACAACAAAAGUUUCAGAUGACACUGGGAAGGCAGAUGAGAAGAAAUGGCAAGAAACGAAGGUGAAAGAAGAGGAUUUUGAAAAGAAAACAAAAAAGAGUGACAGUGAGGAGGAAGAGGAUGUCAUUGAGAAGGCUGAGCUGGAGGAAGCCGAGGAUAUAGUUCAUGAGGACGAGCUGAAAUACAAGUAUGAGGCAGCCAAGAAAGAAAAACUCGACAAGGACUGGGACGCCAAAGAGAGCGAGACUAAAUUAGUUAAACCUGCUGGAGCCACCGAGCACAUCUCUUUCAUCCAAGACGAGACCAUUCCAGGAUAUUCGGAGACUGAACAGACCAUUUCAGAUGAGGAGAUACAUGAAGAUGCAGAAGAUAGGAUCCCUCAUCUCAGUUAUGAUGUCGGCUCUUAUGACAUUUCCGUCCCUGAUGCGCCUGGCUCGUUUGACACCAUUCAUGGUGUAAAAGAGAUGAAACCCCCAUCAAUAUCUGUUCCAUCUGAUCUAACAGCUAAAGAAAGUAGCGUGGGCCAAGAGACAGCUUUAUCAGCUUUUGCCACCAAUAUUAUUGCCGCACCAUUGGCUGAAGAGGAACAUAUAUCCUCAGCCACCUCCAUUACAGAGUAUGAUAAAUUAUCCUCAUUCGCCACAUCUGUCACUGAAGAUCAGUCUAUUGCAUCUGUGACAGCACCUCCUACUGAGGAUGCAGGGAAAAGCUCCUUGUUCUUGGACACUGUUAACAGUAUACCAUCAUCUAGUCGCACAGAAGGAAAGGAGUAUUUACACUCAGCUGGCACAAUCUCUCCAACAUCAUCUUUAGAAGAAGACAAGUGCUUUAAGUCACCUCCAUCAGAAGAGUACCAGCCUAUUGUUCCAGAACUGGAAGCUACCGUCAAGCCCACCACUCAGGCCCAUGAAGAUGAUGAUGAAGAUGAAGAAGAGGAUGAAGACCAGACGCCAAAUGUUGACGUGCCUCUCGGAAAACUGCAUGAAGGUUAUGCAUCCGCUGCAAUGCAAGACCAAGAGCAAGCUUUUGAUAAGUCCCCCUCCCCAACUGCACCUCUGUCCUCACCUAUCCCGCAAUCGAAGGAUGAAAAAGUGGCUCCUGUUGCUCAGGAUGAGCCCACCAAAGCAGAAGUUGUUGAGAAACCUGUACCUUCUGCACCCUUCUUCUCCAGCACACCAGAAACAAGUGGAACUUCAGAACCAGAAGAGAGAUGUCUGAGUCCAGAUGAUAGCACCAUGAGAAUGGCCUCACCUACACAGUCAGGUCCUACUAGCAGUGGUUACUCCCCUACUGAGGAGAAGGCACCGAAGUCCAUAACUUUGGAGAAAGAAGACAUACAUGACGUUCAAAUGUUUGCAAAACAUGAGACAGUGCCAUUAAGCGAUGCUAAUAAGAAGACAGCAUCUGUGAAAAUAAUGGAGGAUGAAGAUGACCCAUUCAAAAAGGGCUUUUCAAGCACAAGGGCAACGUUUGAUGAUUCAGGUGAAGAAGAAGAGGAGGAGGAAGAGGAAGAAGAAGAAGAAGAGGAAGAUGACUAUUAUAAGAAGCAAGAUUUUAAGACCUGCAGUAAAACUAAAUACAAAGAAGAGAGGGAGAGCACAUUCCUGGAUGAGGAAUAUACAUGCGAGCCACAGUCUCUAAAAGAGGAGAAGCUAUUUGGAAAAGAGAAAGAGGAAGCAGAGACGCAACAGAAACCACAGGACGUGACCCAUUUGGAUAAGGAACGCAAACCCCAGAUGCUCGGCUUUGAGGAGGAGGAAGAUAGUGAAGCUGAAGAUUGCACUUACUCGAGUGUAAAAGAGCCUCAGGGCAAGUUAGAUUCAAUGUCAGUAGGCCAAGGCAAAAAAGAUGUGUCAUUCUCAGAGACAGAUGACACAACAGUGACCUCCAAAGACAGCGAUAAAAGUGUACACUUCAACUUGUACUCCUUCCCUGAGUGUGAGAAGGGUCAUAAGGAAGAAUAUGUGCGGGAAAUAAGGCAAGAUACACCUUAUGUUGGUAAGAGUUUUACAUAUUCCGAUGUAUAUGACAGUAAAUCUAGUUCAGUGGAUAGUUCAUACUCUCCUAAUGUACCAAAGGACUUCAUGGACAAAUUUGAUGAGGAUGAUGGCGUCCUGGAGGACACAGAGAAAAAAGAUAGCACAUUUAGUGCCAGCUUAAUGGAAACUACAAAGAUGUCAGAUUUUAAAGAAUCUCCUCUAAAGGAAGGGUCUUCAUCAUUAUUCAGUGAACCAAAAACCACAUAUGGGGCAUCAUAUAUGGGUGACGUUUCAGAAGAGAAAUCUACAGACAGUUUGGCUAAAGCUGAACCAGAGAUGGCUGAAAAAUCCUCACAUUCCUUCCUGCCAGAAAAAGACCCCUUUUCUAUUAAGUUUGGUCAGCCCACUGUCAGUGGAAAGACAGAAGUGAGUGCAGCAGCAUCAGGCGAUUAUCUAGAUGACUUCACCGCUUCUGGCUUUUCCACAGUAACUAGUAGUCCUGCGGUAGCUCAGUCUUUUGGUGAUGUGAAAGGAGCAACUGCAAAAGACAUGAAGAUGCUAGCACAUGGUGAGGAGGAUGAUGAUGAAGAGGAGGAGGAGGAGGAGGAAGAAGAAGAAGAUGAGGAUGAUGACGAGAUGUAUGGAAGACGUGUCAGUGAUAGUGACCAGGAGAAGGGUGCGAAAGACAGAUCAGAGAAAGAAUUCAGCCAAUUUGGUGGUGCUACCUGCACAGUGCCUCCUGAAUUCAAGGAGGAAAAGAGGGACCCCUUACAAGACUAUGGCUUUAGCACUGACAGUUAUGGCAAACCCCCAGCCCCUGCUCCAUUUGAACCCACUGGGAGCCACAAGAGCCCUGAGGAAACAUUCAAAGUGGCUAAAGAUGAAGCCUCAUCUCUAUUCUCCGGCAGCCAGAUGACAGAAUAUUCCUGUGGGUAUGAAUAUUCUUACGGUAAGGAGAAAGAUUCUUUCCCAUCCACCAAGUUUGAAGAGAAGGCAAAAAAAGAUGACAGCUAUGACCAGUCUUACUUACCUCUCUCCACAAAGCCAAGUGACGAUAAAUACCAUCAUGAUGAGAAAGAUCUUGAAUUUGAGAAGCAAAAAACACCAGACGUUUUAACCAAAAAGCCUGGAGACUCAGUCUCACCAGGCUUCAAUUAUGCAACUGCAACAGCCACGGCCUACUCUUCCUCCUCCUCCUACAGCCACUCUUCCUCUGCUUCUGCCUCUCUCUCUACCAGCCGCCAGUUUGUAGACGAGCUAGAGACUCCUGCCAGUGCUGGAUAUGAAUAUUCGUCCUUCAAGGACGAACAUUCCCUUGUGAUGGAUUCACCCUUCUCCAGUUCCGGUGGGCUAAUCAAAGAUGAAUAUUUAGAAGUGUCAGAGAAGCUGACUCCAGCCACCACCACAGCUGAGUCCACCUCUAGCCUUGCGAGGUUUUCUCCAUUGUCGCCUUUUGAAGAGAUCAAGCCCUUCCCUUCUCACUCAGUCCCCUCUGCAGAUGAUAAGAGGGAAGAACUUACCGGCUCUGCCAGUGGUGCUUUGGACAAGGGUCCCCAGGGUGCAUGCUUCUACAAGCCAGAAUGGGGGGAUGAUACAAAUUUGCAGGCUGAAUACGGUGCUACUGGGCCUCUGUCCCAGGCCGCCGAGAAGGACCCCUUGACGAAAGCUUUGUUUGGCACUUCUUUACCGCCUCAUGCCGAUGUCCCUGAGAAAAAGUAUUACGAAGAUACAGAGAGUAGCGAAGAGGAGGAAGAUGAUUACAUGUGCGAAACAGAACAAGACAAACUACAGUACCAAAGAUCGCCAUUCACAGCCCCAGCAGACAAGAAAGAUAGUCCUUUUUCCUUGACGGAAAAACUAGCCAUGGACACAUCUGCCAGUAAGGUAGGCGCACUCCCAGAUGUGCUUACCUAUACUUCUUCAGCACCACAGCCUACAAAGCCAGAUACUGCAAAUGGUCCUGCAGAAAUUAGCAUGACGGCACCAGACGCCUUUGGUGGAGUAAGUAAGCUAACAUCAAGCCUGUCAAAAACCGAAGUGAAAAGUGAGGAAUUUGAAGCCGGCAAGGUUAGGAGUCCAUUUGAAUGGGAAAUGUUGCAGCAAAGAGGCGUCUACCCAGGGGCUUCACCUCCUCACUAUCGCCAUGAGGAUGAGUAUGAAGAAGAAGAGGAAACGGAACCUGAGCACCCACCCCGUCCUCUUUCCCUCGCAUCUACGGAUCAGUCUUUUCCAUCCUCCUACUAUAAAGAAGACCCAGGCAGGAGGGAUGACUCGGAUCAUCCUCCUGACGUGUGUAUGGGUGCCAGCCCCUUCUCCUCUUCAGCUUCACCAGGUUACUCAUCCUCAGAGUACAAGCAGAGGAAAGGAGACACCUCCCCAUCAUUCAUCAACCCAAACCUUUGCCAGCUAUCCAGUGACGAGGACGAUGAGGAAGAAAGAAGCCAGGACACUGAUCAGCAGCAGCCUUCAGGCAAGACAAGGUACCACAACCAACCUCACCAUCAUUCUCAUAGGGAGGAUAGCGAAUCGCAGCACCUCUCUGGAGCAGCAGCUGCAGAUAUGGGCCUAGCUGGAGAGGACACGCCCCCGACCUCUGUCAGCGAAUCACUGCCCUCGCAGACAGAUUCUGACGUUCCACCAGGAACUGAAGAGUGUCCGUCCAUCACAGCCGAAGGCAAUGUGGAAUCUGAUGAGGAUGCAGAUUACCUCCCUGUAGAUAAGUCAUCUGGAGCCUAUGGGGGAAAACAUUAUUCAUCUAGGUCUUCAGAGAAAAACCACGAUCCACUGCCCUCACCCAUGAUGGAUCCGGCACCUUAUCCCCCUCAUCCUGACGUAUGCAUGGUAGACCCAGAGGCACUGUCCAGCCUCACUGACAAAUCCCUCAAGAAAGAUCCCAAGGCAAAGGGCCUGCGUAAAUCAGGCAAGUCAAAGUCUCCAGCCAGGAAGGCUGAUGCCAGACAUAAAAGGUCCCCGUCAAAGGACUCAUCUCCUCGCACCACCUCUCUGAAGAAGAAGGACAUAGAGGAUGAUGUGUCCAGGUCAAGUCACAACACGGGACGAGGACUUGUCAAUGGAAUUAAAAGUAUGUCAGUUUCGAACACUGCGAAAUCCAGUUCCGCUGCACCCCCUGGUGCUCCCAUCUACGUGGACCUGGCCUACAUUCCAAACCACUGCAGUGCUAAAAAUGUUGACCAGGAGUUCUUCAAACGCGUGCGCUCUGCCUAUUAUGUAGUGAGUGGAAAUGACUCCAGCAGUGGGGAGCCUAGCCGUGUUGUCCUGGAUGCACUGCUGGAGGGAAAAGCACAGUGGGGCUCAAAUCUGCAGGUGACGCUGAUCCCUACUCAUGACACCGAAGUGAUGAGAGAAUGGUACCAGCAGACUCACGAGAAGCAGCAGGAGCUGAACAUCAUGGUCCUGGCCAGCAGCAGCACUGUUGUAAUGCAGGACGAGUCUUUCCCUGCCUGCAAGAUCGAGUUCUAAAUCUGGCAUGGCUCCCAGGUUCACACUUUUCUCAAAUGGUCCCUUAUAGCCUUAUUUGUGGUUUAUUCAGCGCUCCAAACCCUUUGAUAGCAGUUAAAGUCCUCCAGAGUUCCUGUUUGUCCAAAAACGGUCCUGGUUCUAAUGAUUCCCAAACUUCACUGAGCAUAUAAUUGAACGGCAAAAACAUUAGGAGGAUGUGCCUUUAACUUUUGAAUUAGUAUCUCCCUUUAAGCCUGGAUAAGUAAGGAAUACAGUGGCAAUCUUCUUGAUCUUUUUUGGUCAGUUUGAAUGCUUUUUCGUGUUAUUCACAGAUCCCUGUUUUAACUUUUAACAGUUAGAUUUAUCAAAGCACAAGCGUACUUCUUGUUUUACAAUCUGCAGCACCCCUUGAACACUUGAAGACUGAGUUUCUGCCAGUUUUAACUGUCAUUUAUUCCUAUCCGAUUUACGCAUCAUUGUACUGACCUACACAUACACUGUCUGCCUAUAUCUCUCUCAUACAUACGCACAUGCACUACACAGGCAAUCAUGUUGUAAUCGAGUUACCUCUCCUUCCGAAGCCGAUUACACCACCAGAGAUGUCCAGUCUUUUACACUUUUGACAGAUACAUUGAACGCUGUCCAGAUGUCAUGCAUUCAGUACUUUAAGAAGCUUAUUCUGGGGCUGUGCUCUGUAAGUCAGUGGCUCACUUAGCUAAUAACACCGUGAUGCAGAGGCACAUGUAUUUUGGGAGUGGAGCUCAGUUCAGUUCGUUUCUGCCUGCAUACCUUUAACCGAAUCGAGAGGACCUCACAAGCCGAGGAAGAAUCAAGUAAUACGAGGCAAACUUCGUCAGAUGUACUGUUUUCCGUCUUAAUGUAAAAGUGAAGAAUUAGGUUUAGAUGUAAGGUUAGGCUAAGUCAGUGUUUACUGAUGAAUAUUAACGUGCUGUAAGAGGUGUACACUAACAGAGUUAAUCAUUAUUUUUAGAUUUUACAGAAGAGCAAAGGGUCUCGUAAUUGUUAUUUUAUUACCUUGUAUUUUUAAGUGUUUCCCAAUUGCAGAAUAUUCUCAUUAACUGCACUUUAAUUCCUCUCAUUUAAUUCAAUGCAUUGUAAAUAUGGCUAGCAGAUUUAUUAAUUUAACGGAGGUGGGAAGAGAAUGAGAGACUGUUUACGUCAAAGCCAAAGGAACAAGCAGUGGAGUGAUUGCGAACGGUGAACGAUUUGACUUACGAACGUUCUGAAUUACGUUAUGCUGUAGAAAGUGUGUAUUGCAUAAGGUUACAUGUAUGAGGCCGAGCUACGGCAAAGCUAAGGUUUUCUAAGAACUCCGUACAAUUUCAGGAUUACAUUUGGUUUGUUGGAUCAAUAAAAAGCACAUUGUGACAUCUACCAACAUCUUAGCAGUAACUGCCAGGCUUAUCUUUGAUCGUUGUUGAAGUCAGUACAAAUUGAUUAUAUAUAGGACAUUUGAUAGUAAAUCACAGUACCGUUUUAAGGUUUAGACGACUUUUGCUAUUAGAACAAUGUGGUUUUAUAUGUAUGUCUUCAUUGCUCAACAUAUUUCCCAAAAUAUUAUCCCCAAAAGCUGGAAGAGUUGCUAAUUUGUAUAUUUCCAAAAAUAUAUGCAGAUGAGCUAAAAAUCAAAUGAAAUAAACUAAUGUGGUGGCUGGGGUGCUAUUAGGUUAUUAUCAGAAUGUAAAAUAUGACGGUUUGGAUGAAGUUUGGCAACGUUUGUUCCCUUAAAAAACAAAAUAAUGAGAAAAAAUAAUAAUAAAAAUGUAGGCCUGUAUGAAAUGCAUGCAUGUAUAUUGCCAAGAGUCGACAAAUGAAAAUAAUACUGAUGAACCUGCUUUGAAGUAAUGCUUUGAUUUUAAUGCGCUUAAAAGAAACUGGGGUGAAAUGGGAUAUUCUGCAAGACAGUUCCCCUUCAGUUCUCUCUCACAAUACAUAACAUACUUUUUUUUUUCAUUAUAAUACCAGAUGUGUGGUUCUGUCCAUGUACUCUAUGCCAGGGCCAAAUAGUGGAAUUUUAACCCAUUCAUGUCCAGUAUGGUAAAUAAAACAUGUUCUGAGUGGUCUAAAGUCAUGAAAUGUUGUUAUAUAUUGGAUAAACAUCUAAGAGUACCUGCUUUAAUUUGUUUACAUAUCAUUUCCAUACUUUUAUUACAAAUCAAUGGGUUGUCUAUUGUUUUGUUAAAUAUGAGUGACCAAAAGACUCAAUUUCAUGCAAUAAGUGAUUAAAAACUCACUUUUUUAGACAUAAACAUGUAUCUAAUUACUACCAGCUCAGAGAACAUAUGGACCAAAAGAAAAAAUAAGAUGCCUGAUAUGGACAUAAAUGGGUUAUUUUAUAUUAUUAGUCUGGUUCAUUUGUUUCAUUCAAAGUUUUAUUUUGCAAUUUAGCCAAGUAUGCGUUACUCUGGAUCAGACAAAUUGUGGAUUUAUUUCUGGAAAGACCAUGGAGCAUGUCCAGCUGUUCAGCAUUGGCCAUUUACUUCUAGCAGAGGAAAGAUAUCUGAACAGUUAGCUAGCUGUUUACUGUGAGCUGUAACUUUCGAGUUGCUGAUUAUAUUGAAGUGCUAAGAGAAGACGCUCACUGCUAACAUGUAACUCAUCGUCCUUCAUGUCCUUUUGAGUCACCAUGGACUUAAAUUCACUGCUUCAACUUGCAUUCAACCUUACAGAAGCAACAAAUGUUAGCAGACCAAACAAACAGUACUAUACAAACACACCGACGUGUACCUGACUGCCAGAUCAAGUGACCAAAUCACUGAUCGUCUUUUAUAUUUAAGGUUUAUAAGUGUCUGUUUUUGAGAGAAAAUGAACAACUAAAAAAAAAGAUACAAAAAAGAGAAAUCAUCAACGUGCCGUGCAGAGCAUCCAGUUGCAUUCUCAGAUAUCCAUAUCAUAACCAUAUCGAAUCAUUCAAAUACUGCAUUCCGUUCAGCCUAGCUAGUUUCUGCAUGUGAUCUUAAAUUUGAACUUGUAUGUUCUAGUUAAUAAUGAUAUUAAAUGAAGUGCUAUUUUAAAGAUAUAUAUUUAAAUGCUAAGUGUCUCAAUGGUCUCGAUGGCACAUAUAACCCGGCCGCGCUGUCAUUUUCUCUGUGCGUUGUUUUAAAGACGAUACUGUGUACUUUUUCUUCAGAUUUCCUUCUCUUUUUUCUUUUGGUUUUAAGUUAUUUUUGCUCUGUGUUUCUGUUUAUUCCCAUUUAUUUUAUGUGCAAUAUUCUGUAUCUUUAUUUAGAAUUUCUCUAAAUGUAGAAUAUCUACAGAUUUGUUGUAAAAGGGUAAACCUGGUGAUCACCAAUAAAAUACAGUCGUUGAAAAAGAUG